AUGGGUGUGAAGAAAUGGCUAAUGAAUGCAAGAGUACCGCUCGGGAUGCUCGCGGUACAAGUGAUAACUGCAGGGCUGCUAAUACUCUCCAGGGUUAUAAUCAGCCGGGGGACGUUUAUUUUUGCUCUCAUGACUUAUCGCCAUGUUAUUGCUGCUCUAUUUAUACUCCCCUUUGCUCUUUACUUUGAAAGGGGUGCCCUGAAGAAGCUUACCUUUGCAGCUAUCUUCUGGCUUUUCAUGGUGGCAUUAACUGGGAUAUCAAUGGCUAUGGGGUUAUUCUACUAUGGUCUAAAGGACACGAGUGCUACAUAUGCUACCAACUUUCUAAACCUUAUUCCUGUUAUUACUUUCAUUUUUGCGAUAAUUCUUAGGGUGGAGAGAUUGGGUCUUCACACAAUGGCUGGCAAGAUAAAGACUAUAGGGGCAAUGCUAUGCCUUGCAGGGGCAUUGACAAUUACUCUCUAUAAGGGCAAAUCAUUAAUACAUCUUGAUAGUUAUUUUAAACACGAGUCAACAAUCUUGAUCAGGACCGAGAAAAAUAUGACACGUGGUUCGAUCGCAUUAGUCGCGAGCUGCUUGUCCUAUGGCAUCUGGUUCGUUCUACAGGUGAAGCUAUUCAAAGUAUUUCCAUAUAGAUACUGGGCAAAUAUGCUGACGUGUGUCAUAGCUUCGGCCCAAACCGCCUUGAUUGGGCUCUGCAUGAACAGGGACCCAAAGGCCUGGAAAUUGGGUUUCAACCUCGAGCUUGUCACCAUUGUCUACUCGGGGGUAUUUGCCACGGCAGCAUCCUUUUGUUUGAUCUCGUGGGCCAUCAUACAAAGAGGGCCCACAUAUCCUUCAAUGUUCAACCCAUUGUCCAUCAUCUUAAUUGCAAUUGCUGAAGCCAUUUUCCUUGGUGAACAAAUCUCUGUUGGAAGCUUGUUGGGCAUGAGUUUGAUCAUCGUGGGAUUAUACUCGUUCUUGUGGGGAAAACACAGAGACAUUAAAGCAGCUUUGAUUUCGCUCAAAGGCGGAACUUUUGCUGUCGACGGUGCCGGUAGAGAUAUUGAAGUCGGCUUGCCGGAAGUUGUCGAACCACAAUCGCCGGCACAGCUCAUAACCCAUGUGUUUCAAGCACCAGAGUGCACCUUCAGCUGCAUCAUUCGCCGCAGCCUUUUUAUUUGCUCGUGGAUUCCCAUAACACUCCAAUGUUGUGUGUUCCUCUUGAACCCUAACGAGAACCUUAAAGGGCCUUCCUCGUUGCAGCAUUGGAAAUCGGGCUUUUUCCAGCGUGCUUUAGUGCAGAGUUCGUGA